GUUGGUUUUAUGAUCCUUUCAGUUAAGAUUCAGCAUCAACAAAACCAUUUUCUGGAAGAAUCUUCCCCACAGCAUCCUAAUCAUCUUUGACUCUCAGGACCUAAACCUGUCUCAAGUUACAAAGCACCCAUCUAGGCUACUACAACUACUAUGUUGUAUUGGUCUGCCAUAGAUUGGUAGACUUUAGAUAAUGCCAGGAUCCAGUGGAGUGAAUGUAGAGCCUUCUUGUGAGGCCUUGUGUCGGACUUUGGUGUCCCAGAACGGGCUACGGCAAGAGACAGCAGACAUCUCUCAGUCAGUCCUCUAUACUUCACUCAUGGGACUACUACUUGUGGCGGACACAGAGAAAGAGCCACUCACUUUGGGAAGUGGCAGAGUCGGUUUGAGAAAUAUUGGAAACACGUGCUUCCUGAAUGCCAUUGUCCAAUGUCUCUCUCACACACAUGGUCUUCGAGACUACUGCCUUCUCAAGUCCUACAAACAUGAGAAGUUUAGCAAAGAGGAUGCUAAAUUAAUGGAAGCUUUUGCCAAAGUUCUCUCUGGUGUUUGGGAUGUAAACAGUGAUGACAGGGCGGUAAAUCCAAAACAAUUUUAUAAUAUUUUUAAAGAUGCUGUGCCUUACUUCAGUGGAUACAGUCAACAAGAUGCUCAGGAGUUUCUCAGGUUCCUUCUGGAUAAACUGCACACAGAAAUCAACCGCCGGCCGUAUGUUCGACGAGUGAAAGAGCCAGAGCAGAAAUAUGCCAGAUUCAGACUCUGUGAAGAGGCGGCCUCCAUGUGGAAAAGGCACUUGGAGAGAGAUGACAGCCGGAUAGUUGACCUGUUUGCGGGACAGCUGCGUAGCUCUCUGCACUGCUCCGUUUGUUCCCACUACUCCAACACAUUUGAUGUCUUCUGUGACCUGUCUCUGCCCAUCCCUAAGAGGAGCUCUGGAGGUGAGGUGACCCUGAAGGAGUGCCUGGAUCUCUUCUCACAAGAGGAGAGACUGGAUAAGGACAACUCACCAAUGUGUGAAAGAUGCAACAGGCGCACAGAAAGUACAAAAAGGUUGUCUAUUCAAAGGUUUCCUCAAGUCAUUGUAAUCCAUUUGAAUCGUUUCACGACAUCACGGUGGAGUAUUAGUAAAAGCACAGUGCAGGUCUCCUUCCCCCUCACAAACCUGGAUCUUGGACCUUAUGGACCAAUUGACUCCGGCCCAAUUCUAUAUAAUUUAUAUGCAAUCUGUAACCAUUCUGGCACUGUCAACAUGGGUCACUACACAGCUUGUUGUUUAGAUGAAAAUGGAUGGUGUUUCUACAAUGAUUCAAGUGUGACUCAAAUUUUGGAAAACCAGCUGCAGACUAACCAAGCCUAUGUGUUAUUCUACAAGCGCAGCAACAGUCCCACUGCUAUCAGGAAAUAGGCCAAAAAAGACUGGCUGAGGAAAGCAGCCAAUCAGAGCCACUGUGCUCCUGUGACCAUAGAAACAAACCUGAAUACCCUCACUGUAAUUCCUGAGCCUGAGAAAUGAUGAGGGUACUGACCUCAGCUGAACUGACAGUACAUUACAGAGGUCAGCCUUGUGUACAGUACAGUACUGGAGUCGGCCCUGUGCUGCGGGUGAUAAAAUGACAGCAGCGUAACAGGAGAGGAGAGAUGCACUUGAGGUUCCACCUGAGGUCUUUCGUUUUGACAUCUUGUUUUGCUGACCUGUCUAAGAUAGACUGAUCCAAAUUUUGAAUAUUUCUUAAUCACUCUUAGGUGUAUUGCAGCAUGUUUUA